AUGGCUAAAUUAGUCGAUAUAUACAAUAGCGAAAAAGAUCCUGUAAUCAAAAGAAGGCAGUUGCCGUUAACUAUAUAUGAAAAUCUCACUAUGAUAAUGGAUUUAAACACAAUGGGCUUGAUAUGUGACAAUCCACAAGUUAAGGGACGUGAAUACGAAGAAUUCAUGCGAAAAUAUAGAAUUUUAUCGACAGAAGAACUAAAAGCUGCACUGAGGGUUGACGCGUCAGAUAUAUUCAAUGUAUUAAAUCAAAGCAUUCCUUGUGUUGGCUGUCGAAGAAGUGUUGAAAGACUCUUUUAUCAACUAUGUAAAUCAGGACAUCCAACAUUAGACCCUUUGAUACUUACUCCAGAUGAAACCAUGACAAUAAGAGAAGACAAAUUAACACAUUCACAGUCUCUUGCCACUUUGCUAAAUGGUCACAGCACGGGUAUAGAAUGUCUAAUUCUAAGUCAACCACGUUGGAAAAAGUCGCAGCGGUGUACACUACAUUCUUUGGAGGCGGGUGGGGCGCGCGGUUGGGGCGCGGGCGCGGUCGCGGGCGGGGGCGCGGGCGUGGGGGCGUGCGGCGCGUGGGGCGCGAGCGUGAACGCGUGCGGCUGGGGUUGGGCCGCGUGCGGCUGGGGCGGGCGCGCGGCCUGGCGCGCCGCCUGGGACGCCAUGCGCGCCUCCGCACGCGAGCACGUCACGCUCGUGCACUUCAACACCCUGCACGACACGCUGCACAACUAUCUGCGCAAACAUCGCUUCUGCGCCGAUUGUAAGACUAAGGUAUUAAGAGCUUAUCAGCUAUUAGUUGAAGAAAAGGAGCCACAUAAAGAAAAAGGAUAUGUGGGGGCACUUUAUGGAGGCAUCAAACGAUGCCUUUUGGAUAAACACCUUCACUUACAAACCAAGACUGACUACAUAGCGCAUUUGAUAGCCAGGGCGGAACCUGAGUUACUUGGAAAUCACAGAGAAAGGCAUGCUAAAACACUUGAAAUUGCACAGGAGGAGGUCUUAAUUUGUCUUGGGAUAUGCAUUUAUGAGCGCCUUCAGCGAAUUUCGCUGCGGUUGCGAGAGGAAGAAGGCACCUGUCAAACACUAGCGGCAGUGGGCGUGGAGGCACUUUAUCGUAAAUUUGAAACUGCAGUGGAAUUAAAAAGUGGUGUGUCUAAGCUACAGCUUCUGUAUGAUGAAAUAACGCAAGAAGAACUCACGCGCCAACAAAGGAAAGAACAGAAGAAACUCAAAAGGCGCAAGAAGAAAGAGAGGCAAGCUGUGGAGAAUAAAUGCAAGGAGGCCGACUCCGAGGAACCAGAAGAAAAAUGUCAAUGUGAAGAAUGCCUGUUAGAAGAGCGAGACACACCUACUGAUUUACUCUCACCGCGCGACUAUAAUCAGUGCUAUGAUACUAGUGGAGAUGGCUGCCAAUCAUGCCAAGAUGACUAUACAAAACGUCGCUCGCCUAAAAAUUCAGGGAAAAAAAGGAAUAAAAACGGUAAUCUGUCUCCCAGUGAACAUUCCCAUGACUGUGGCUAUUCUUCUGGUAAUAACGGGGGAUGCUGCGAAACUUUAUCAGUUAAUAAUGGAGGUUGCUGUGAAACUUUGUCUGGUUCAUCUUCUCUCAUGAGUUCUCCAGAAGGCUCGGAGGUUGCAUGCUCUGAAGGAUUUUGUAACCACGAGAGAGGCGACUGUAUAGAUAUGACUAAAAAUGACAAAUCUUCAUGUACUGGUUUUACCCUUUCACUACAAGAAAUGUUGGACACAUGUUCAUCUGAUGAAGAACAUGAUACCAGUUAUAUACCAAUAGAAGAAGUCUUAGAAUUCAAGUCACGCAGAAACAUAACAGAAAAAAGACAAGAGUUGAGGCAGAACUUACGUCAGAAAUUUGCUCAACUAUGUGUGACUCUACCACAAACACAGCUUGUGACUCAGAAAGAUGACAAGCAAUCAGCAGCAUAG